GUCGGAUCUGUCAUAAAGAUUUCUUAAAAUGGCGGAGGUGUUAGCUGUAGUUCUAUUAACAAUUUUAUUUGUAUAUUCAGUUAAUUCUGAUGUUUUGGUUCCAGAAUCGCAUAGAUCUAAAUCCUUAAUAGAGACAUGUACUUCUGAUUGCUUGAAGAAAGUUAAUGUUGAAUCUAAUGAUAUUGGGAAUGCAGAUAGUUGCUCUAGAGGAUGUAGGCUUUUUAUGAUAGCUGCCCUGAUUUCUGAUAAGCAGGAUGCAGAUCAAAAUGCUAGUCGUAAUUCAUGCAAAGAUAUGUGCCAAGAAAGCUAUGGUGUAAAUAAUGUUGAUGUUCUUUCUUGUAAAGUUGGCUGUGAUCUCUCCGUUGUUCAGAAUGUUCAGGUUCCUGUUGUAGCAGAAGUAUCUUGGUCUCUAUUCAUUGAUAAUGGCAACUCAUUACAGAUUUUACAAGGUGAAAUUCCCGAAACUGAUGAUGUUCUUACAGAUCCUGGUUUAAGAUCACAAGUUUCGAGAUUAGAAUCUAUGAGAUUACCUCAAGUUAGCUUAAGAACUUUACCAGUUCAGUAUGGUCACUUCUUCUUCUUCUUUUGCUGUUUGUACUGUGGUCAUGUCUUUCACUUGCAGAUCUCCCACUCCAGUCUGUGCCUUCACAGGAAAAAUUACCACUUGCUUAAGGUAACUUGGUUCUCAACUCUAUUAUCUAUACUUCUACAGAAGAUUUGAAAAUUUCACUUUUUUCCUUAUCUUUCAAUUUCAACUCGUUCUAGUCAGCAUAUUGAGUUAUUAAUAGCUGAAUUUUAGGAUAGGAAACCGCUCUCUUUUAUAUAUAAGUAAUUCUUUGUAACUAUUAUGAGAUUUAUGAAAGACUUUUAUAAGGUUGUGUAUAAAUUAAGUUUAAUUAUUUGUUUUUGGACCAAACAUAGCUGGGCUGGUCCUGGUAGUCAUCUAAAAAGAUAUGUAUUUUAGAUAUUUUAAAGCUUCAUAAACUUUUGAUCUCUGCUUUUUCAAUUGUGAUGUUUCUUGAUAUAGGUUUUAUUAGUAUUUAUGCAUUUUUUUUUCCUUUUGAAUUAAAUUAAUUUUUUUUAUUAUA